UUCCAUUUCCCAAACUAAGAGAGAAGAAAACAGCUCACAAUUACAUUACAUACAUAGAGAGAAAGAGAGAGAAGAAUGGCCUGUGUAGCUGUGAUUUCUCUUAUGAGGACAAUAGAGCUUGAAUUCUUGCAACCUCAACCUCGUCCAAUCCUACAACAAAAGGAGCUUAUCCCUUGCAACAAAGUGUUGAUCCAAUCCCUCCAUGAAAAGCUUGGUUUUCUGAUAGAGCUAUUCGAUGAGAACAGAAUGGAUGGCAUUCAAGCAAUUAAAGACUUGGAAACAAAACUUAGAGAUGUGGCUUUCAGAGUAGAAUAUAAAAUCGAAUUCCAAAUUGCAAAGCUCUAUGAGGAUGAGGAAGAAGAAGAGGAAGAGGAAGAGGAAGAUGAAGAGGAAGAGGAAGAGGAAGAGGAAGAGGAAGAAGAAGAUGAAGAUGAAGAGGAAGAAGAAGAUGAAGAGGAAGAGGAAGAGGAAAUUGGAAUAGCAGAUCUUUUUGUGGAAGCAGAAGAAACUCUUGAUCUGGGGGAUAUAGAAGCAGAAGAUGAAGAAUUUGGAAUAGCAGAUCUUUUUGUGGAAGCAGAAGAAACUCUUGAUUUGGGGGAUAUAGAAGCAAAAGAUGAAGAAUUUGGAGUUGCAGAUCUUUUUGUGGAAGCAGAAGAAACUCUUGAUCUGUGGGAUAUAGAAGCAGAAGAUGAAGAAUUUGGAGUUGCAGAUCUUUAUGUGGAAAACCCACAAGGGGAAAGAUCUUGGCCUUCAUGCAAACUUCGUCGUAUUUUAGAAAAAGCAAUAGAAGACAUUGAUGCUAUCAAGGAAGAGUUGGCGAAAGUCAAGCAUGUCAUAGCCUUGCAAAGAAGGGAAACAGCACUUGAUGCGUUUACUGAAUGUGACGAAGAAGUUAUCAUGCUGGGGAAUUCUUCCGAACAUGCUUCACACUCUGAGGAGAUUAUGGUGGGGAAGAACAAUGAGUUCCAGAUUGUAAAGAAGAUGUUAAUUGAGCAUUCAUCAAGGCAACGAGAAAUUGUCUCGAUUAUAGGUAUGGGAGGCAUUGGCAAGACAACAUUGACUAAGAGUGUUUAUGAAGAUCAGUCAAUUGUAUCCUAUUUUGACAAGCGAGCUUGGGUUGUUGUAUCCCAACAUCAUAAUAAGAGACAAAUGCUCACGGGUCUUCUUAAAUCAAUGGGCUGUGCAAAUAGUGGCACCGAAGAGGAGCUGGCAGAACAACUAUAUCAAUAUUUGCUGCAUCAAAGGUACUUUGUUGUGAUAGAUGACAUUUGGAGUGACGAGGCGUGGAAUGCUGUCAAAGCUUGCUUUCCAGAUAAUAGCAAUCAUAGUCGAGUAUUGUUAACUACUCGCUUUGCAAAGGUAUCUACUCGUAUUGGCUCUAGUAAUGACUUUUCUCAUCAAAUGCAGUUGUUAGAUGAAAGUGAGAGUUGGAAUUUAUUUCACGAAAAGACAUGCAAAUCUUGCGAUGUUGAAUUUGAGGCAAUUGUAAGACCAGUUGUUAAGAAAUGCAAAGGACUGGCUUUGGCAAUUGUUGUGGCUGCAGGUUUAUUUUCCAAACUCAACACCAUAGAUGAGUGGAAGAAGAUUGCUGAAACUCUAAAUUCAUUUGCAACAACAAGCAUUGAUGAAGAAUGCUCAAGGAUUCUCUCAUCAAGUUACAAUCACUUGCCUUACAAAUUGAAGGCUUGUUUUUUAUAUUUGAGCAUUUUUCCAGAAGAUAAAGAGAUUCAUGUUAAAAUUUUGAAAAAGUUAUGGGCUGCUGAAGGACUUAUAAAGGAAUUUGAGAGUAUGAGCUUUGAUGCAAUGGCUGAAAAGAACAUUCAAGAACUCAAGGAUAGAAACUUAAUUCUGGUAAGCCAGGCAAGUAGUUCAUGUGGAGGAAAAAUAAAGGCAUUUAGAAUGCAUGAUUUACUGCAUUCUUUUUGUGUGAGGGAAGCUAAAAAGGACAACCUUCUCCAUAUUGUCUAUGAAAAUGGUUGCAGUUCCCCUCUAAAAGAUUUUCGUUGGGUAAGCAUCCAAUCAAACAACUUAAGCAGACAUACAUCAUAUUUUAUUUUUAGAAACUGCAGAUCCAUCUUCAGUUUCUCACCAAUAUGCACAUAUUUGAAUUUGAAAUUUUGCAGUUUAUUAAGAGUACUCUAUGAUAUUGAGUGCAAUAUUGGGAAUCUUGUCCAUUUGAGAUGUCUAUUUUCAAAUGGUUGGCAUAAAAACUUGUUAAAACCCUUCCGCCCAUGGAAUCUUCAAAUACUUUCUUCCCAUAUGGGGUUUGAUGAAAUGAGCAUUUUAGAGUUUCCACAACUACAACAUUUCAAAUGUUACUAUAUUCCUGGUGAUUUUCCCAUAUUUUUUCAUCAAAACUUGAAGAGCAUUUAUGGGAUUGGGCCUGAUCAAUGCACAAGAGAAUUAUUUGCUAAUAUUCCACAUGUGAAGAAGGUAAAGGUUAAAUUUGAAAGACAAGCUUCAAAUGAUUACAUAAAAAACCUUGCCUAUUUACACCAACUUGAGAGUUUGCAUCUUUAUGGUUCUUACUUCUGUCCGGGGGGCUAUUAUGUGAUGAAUCCAAAUAAUCAUAUUGGUCGCUUGGAAAACCUUAAGAAGUUGGUCUUUUGUGAUAUUACGUUUCGGUGGAAGGCAGUUAAUAGUCUUAGCAAGUUGCCUAAACUUGAGGUGCUAAAGCUAUUAAGGUGUUUUUGCAUUGGUGAAGAAGAGUGGAAACUAUCCAAGAAGGAGAAAUUUGAGCAAUUAGUUUAUUUGAAAAUUGAUGCAAUUGAUCUGAAGUGUUGGGAAGCCAGUGCUUAUCAAUUUCCGAACCUUGAGUGCCUAAUCCUUUCUUGGUGCGAAAAAUUGGAAGAAAUCCCAGCCAACUUUGCAGAAAUUUCAAAUUUGAAGUCUAUCAAAUUGAUUCGUUGUCUUCCUUCUGCGGUGGCUUCAGCAAAGCAAAUUUGGGAAGAGCAACAUGAGCAAGGAAACGAAGACAUGAUUGUCAUUGAGGAAUAUACAAGACAGCCUUACUACUAAAGAUGAGGCUAAAGUCUCUAGGAAAAUGUGAAAGUCACCAACCGCCGGCGGAUUCUCGAGAUAGGAUGGGAUUUCAAGGACUUCAAGUCACCGACUCCUCUAGUUUCGCUUCUGAUAUUGGAGUUUGGCGGUUUAGAAGACGAGGAGGUGUUCCUGUUUCCGGAGGAUUUGGCGGUGGGCGAUGAUUACUAUCCUAGAAGUGGCAAGUAAAUGAAGUCCAAGUAUUGCUUGAUUCCAUUCGUUAGGAAGAAAUGUUAAAGAUUAUGAAGUGAGAUUCAUGCGCCCAAAUAAUGCUUCAGCUCAAUGGUCUUUAUGAUUGAAACAAGAUACAGUUGAAGAUCAAAGUCAUUUAUGGAUCAGAGUCAGUUGAAGAUGAUAGUGAAUUGUUAUUAUUUUUUUUUGAAUUGUUAUUAUUUAGUUAUUAAUAUUUGUGAAAUUAUUGUAUUUGAUAGUUGGGAUAUGAUUGAUUACAUCUUUUUUUGUAUUCCUUAUAGUUAUUAUUGUAUAUAUAUGUUUAAGAGUAUUAUUCUGAAUAUUCACAUAUAUUCCUUUGAACUAGUUUCCAAA